AUGGCUAUGGACUACCCUAUGGCCAUGGGCCUCAACGGGGCCUCAAGCUCUGCUUAUGAUAACGUCAACAAAGUUCGAGUCGCUAUCAAGAAAAUAAGCCCAUUUGAGCAUCAGACCUACUGCCAGAGAACCCUGAGGGAGAUAAAAAUCUUACUGCGCUUCAGGCAUGAGAACAUCAUUGGCAUCAAUGAUAUUAUUCGAGCGCCAACCAUCGAUCAGAUGAAGGACGUAUACAUAGUACAGGACCUCAUGGAGACAGAUCUCUACAAGCUCUUGAAGACACAACACCUCAGCAACGACCACAUCUGCUAUUUUCUUUACCAGAUCCUCAGAGGGUUAAAAUAUAUUCAUUCAGCAAACGUCCUUCACCGUGACCUCAAACCUUCCAAUUUGCUGCUCAAUACCACCUGUGAUCUCAAGAUCUGCGACUUUGGCCUGGCCCGUGUUGCAGACCCAGAUCACGACCACACUGGCUUCCUGACAGAGUACGUGGCCACACGCUGGUACCGGGCUCCAGAAAUCAUGUUGAAUUCCAAGGGCUAUACCAAGUCCAUUGAUAUCUGGUCCGUCGGCUGUAUCCUGGCAGAGAUGCUCUCCAACAGACCCAUCUUCCCGGGGAAGCACUAUCUGGACCAGCUCAACCACAUUCUGGGUAUUCUUGGAUCCCCAUCCCAGGAAGACCUGAAUUGUAUAAUAAAUUUAAAAGCUAGAAACUAUUUGCUUUCUCUUCCGCACAAAAAUAAGGUGCCAUGGAACAGGCUGUUCCCAAAUGCUGAUUCCAAAGCUCUGGACUUACUGGAUAAGAUGUUGACUUUCAACCCUCACAAGAGGAUUGAAGUAGAACAGGCUCUGGCCCACCCAUACCUGGAGCAGUAUUAUGACCCGAGUGAUGAGCCUAUCGCUGAAGCACCGUUCAAGUUUGACAUGGAACUGGAUGACUUGCCCAAGGAAAAACUUAAAGAGCUCAUUUUUGAAGAGACUGCAAGAUUCCAGCCGGGAUACAGAUCUUAAACAUGACAGGACAAGGGCUCUGCGGAUAGGACAUCCUAGGUGUUGGUGUUCUUCCCACUUCUUCGCCCAGCCUGUCUCGGCUUACCCACCUUGACUCCUUUGAGCCGUUCAGAGGGGUGGUUUCUGGUAGUUGUGGCUUUUAUGCUUUCAGAGAAUUCCUCAGUCCAGAGAAUUACCCCGGCCCCUGUGUUUGUCACCACCAGUGACCUGUGGCAGUGUGGGCUCAGUGCACUGACUGCUUACCGUUGCUUUCGUCACUAAUCACUUUCUGGUUUGAAAGAUGCUGUGGUUCCUCAGGCCGCCCCAUCCCGCCCACUGACCUCUCUCUCACUCUCCCAGGGAGGUGGCGUCUAGCUCCGCUCUGGUUCUGCUGCACACCAGGGAAGGCUCCCACCAGGGCACUGCAUGUUGGAGUGUACCAGUGCACGUGCAUAGGCUACCACUUCAGUGCCCACUGGGGGCACCCGCCAGCCCACUCCCCACACCCUGAGAGAGCCUGUGCUUCUGGCCUGGCUUUUAAAAAGUCCCCCAUCUUUCUAAACAAAAGAAAGUGCUGGCUAUACUGAGCAUAUACCGGCUCCCUGUGGCCUUGCACCCUUCAGAGAGGGAGACCCCAGGCCCAGAUGUACUCUGUAGCCGCUCUGAGUGUUGGUAUACCAUGCGCGUCAUCUCUCCCCUUGCACUCUCUGCCUGCUGACUCGAGCAGACCACUGCGUCUUUCAACGAGGAAGUUUCCCACUCUCUCCCCCUUCUACAGCAUGUCAGCACUUCAGUCCGUUCCCCAAGCCACACUCUGAACAGUUUGUAACAAAGCCUUCAUGAGCACCUGACGUGAAGCACUGUUGUCGUCAAGCACCUUCCAGCAUUUCCGGUUCUGCUGCGUCCAGACCGUCCAACAAAGCUCACCGAGUCCCACGCACUGCGGCCGCUCCUCCGUGCAGGCGUGUUGCGGAACUGACUUGGUGUUCAGCGCCCACUGGUGUGGCGCCCCCCCAAACCCCCACCCCCCACUGCUCUCUUUGGUGAGAACUUUGCCUUGUUCAAUAAUCACUGUACCCUCGCAUGACUGUUAGAGCUUCCUGUGCAGAGACGACCGUCCCAGUGCCACGUGCCUGUGGUGGAAAUGCAGCCGUCUCUCGUUACCUCUGCGUCGUGUUCCACGGAAACCAGGGCCCAUCCUGUCACUUAGGAGAAGUCCAACCUGUGUUUAGCUUCCCGUUUCUCAGCAGUCUUUUUCUUGUUUGCUCUUUGAUAGUGGUGGCGAGUGGGUUAUAUAAAGACUGCCUGCGAUUCUGUAACUCACGGAAAUAAACAUGCAUCUUCUA